CUCGCGCGUUGGCCUCGCGAAAGGCCCGUCCGCGCUGCAGCUUUGAAACCUCGGCUCCCGCCGGCGCGCUCAAGCGAGGUGACGGCCGGAUUCGCACGUUCCACCUCGCGCCAACCACCGAUGGAACCAAAGGGCCUUGUGCGGUCUUCUCCUCCAGUUUCGUCCGCUGCAUUUGGGUUCUUCGUCAGGCAGGAGAGGAGCCUUCAGUAGUCUAGCUGCUUCUUUCCGGCGUGAUUUGCCAGGGGUUCACUGGACGGAACUAGCCAAGCUAGGGACUACUACCAAGGGAGGAACUGGAAGAAGAAGAUGCUUGAUAACUACGCUUCGUAGAGGAAGAAGCAGGUAUCCAGGAAGAAUGGAUGAGACCGGGGAAGCCCUUAGGUGCUGUGUGGAGCAGCUGCUGCUUGUUAGAGACGAGAAAGAGCGCCUUGUAAUCGAAGCAGCUAAUAAGAUCUCUUCGGAGCAGAAGAAAGCACAGGAUUCGCAGCAGAAGUUCGAGGAUGCAAAUAAGCAGUUUGAGAAGGUCAUCGCUGAAAACUACAAUCUUCGUAACACUGUUGACUCAAAGGAGAAGCUGAUCAGAGAGCUGAAAGAAUCCAAAGCGCAUUCGGACCAAAAGUUAACUGAUGCGACGGCAAGGCUUGAGUUCUCACGGAAACAAUGCACAUCCCUUAAGUAUGAGGUGCGCAUCCUUCGGGAGGAACUUGAGAUUCGGAAUAAAGAGCGGGAGUAUGACCUCAGAUCAAUCCAUGCUGCUCAGAAGCAGCAGCAGGAGAGCGUGAAGAAGAUAGCUGCACUAGAAGCCGAGUGCCAGAGGCUGCGGACCAUGGUUCAGAAGCGUCUGCCAGGUCCUGCAGCCUUGGCGAAAAUGAAAGAUGACGUCAAGCGACAAGGUGCUAGUUCUGCUGAGAAUGGAACGAGGAGGCCCCGCGCAGCAAUACAACCGCAGCUGCGGGCGAGGCAUUCAGUGUCUGAAGGUUACCAAGUCAAGCUGCAGGAAUUGGGCGAGGAAAACAGACAUCUGAGGCAGUUAUUGGCCCAGAAGGAGAGUGACCUGCAGUUUGUUCAGUCGAAGUACGUAGACGAGGCAUGCAAGUUGUCAAUACUACAGAAGCAGCACGAAGAGUUGCCUGGUGGUAGCCAUCGUUUAACAGAGAAUAACCAUCCAGAACGAAUGGUCAGGGCAUUAGCCAAGCUGGAUCACUCAAGAUCUGGGAAGCUACAGGUGUCUCAGAUUAGAAGUAGGGGCAGAAGAAUCACAGGAUCCGACAUUCAAUUGCUUGUUGAUCCUCUGGAGAUUGAGAAACUAGAGAGGACAUCGAGACCUUCAAGUGCCCCACAUCAGUGUGAGGAUACACCUGAUACAGACUCAAAAAUGGUCGUUUCAGAAACAGUUCACAGAGAUCUCAUCCCUGAUGAUGCUUUCUCUGACGAGUAUCCCGAGUGGAUUCAGGACGUUCUGAAGGUGAUCUUACAUAAGCAUCAAGUCAGUAAGAUAAGUGUUGCUAGCAUUAUUGAUGAAGUCACACACGCACUGAGGAGUGAGAUUUCUGCCGAAGGAAAUGAUGUCGCACACUUGUCCUGUAACAGGGCAGAAAUAGACAAAAUGGUGGCCACUCUGAUAGAAAGAGUCGGUAGCAUGGUUGAAAGAUCUACUAAAGACAAUGUUACGAGGUUCCCAUCAUUUCAUCAUGAGAAGUCUGAACUCACUUUGCGACUUGAGCACCUGGUUCAUGUCUGUCGUGCCGUAUUAGAUGGAACGGCUAAUCUUGAAAAGCUUACUUAUGAAGUUUGCUUGAUCCUAGAGUGGAUAGUGAGCCAAUGUUUUUUGUAUCUUGAUGGACUAGACGUUGUGGACCACAUUACUAAUAAUUCUUAUGGAAAUGAAUCCCUGAGGACAUUAAGCAUUCAUGAAAAAGAUGCCUUGCAGAGUACAAAUUCAGAAAUGGCUUUCGGAAUACAACAAGAGAAACAACAAGAAUUGAUUGAAACAACCGAAGGCCAGAUACCUGAUGUAACCUUAGAAAAUCAUUCUCAGAUUGAGUUCACCUCUAAUCUUGAUGAAGAAUUAUUGGCUGUUAAUCAUGGGCAAGGUGAUAGUUGUCAGGAACAGCACCCGGUAUACCGUGAAACAGAAAGUGUUGCUUCCGACGGGAGCAAAGAGAAAAUAGCAGGAGAGGGGGAAAAACAAAAAACGACCUCAGCAAUAUCUGCGGCAGCUAAGAAGCUCGCGGAAUGCCAAGAAACAAUCGCUAACCUAAGCAAGCAGUUGCAUGCUCUGGAAAGCCCGGCAAGUGCAGAUGCAUCAGACAAACAAAAGUGCGGUACCUUACCUCCAGCAGCUGCAAGCCUUCUUGCCGAAGCGGAUCCCAAGCCUGAGGAUCUCGGUCCUCCCACGUCUGAAGAAGCGGCACGCACCAAAGAACACAGCGAGCCUGAUGCAACUGAGAGGAGCCCUGAACAUGAAGAUCCUGGCACGGGCGCAAAGGCUCGCAGAAGUGGCUCUUCGACCCCGAUCGUUGCUCGUCCGAUGGUUCCGAGGUCACCCAGAGCAUCUGGUUCAGCUGACGCGAGAAAGAAGAAGCGGCGUGCGAGCCUGCUGAGUAGGCUUGUCUUCAGAAAGAAAGCAUGAAACAGAUCCCUGACCGCGGAUCUGCAAUCCUCCUCUGCUGCAGUGGACCUCAAAAUUAAGUUAUCAGUAUCGUCGUCAGUACUUGGAAGUUCGUUCUUGCGUUACAAGUUAUGCCUGACCUGGUCUAAGUUAUUUUCAAUUCCAAUAAGAGCAAUGCUACCCUACCCGUAUGACGUGAGUAAUUUAUUGGGCAUGCAUUUGGGUGUGAGCAAUACUGUACUUCAGAAAUUUGUUGGAACCUGUUCGCUCCAGAAGUGUGUGUGUAAAACUGCAAAUUGGUACCCGUUGGAUUUAUAUAUAUCUGCAUUUAUUU